AUUGCAUACCAUUUUUUUUUGAGUAAAACAAAUCCGUUGUAUAAUAAUAAUAAUAAUAAUGGAUUAAUAUCAACAAACUUGGAAUAAUUAUUUUAAAAUAAUUAUGGAAAUUGGUAAGAAAAAGUUUCGAUCCAUCUUAAAACAAGUGCAAAGUUCAACCGAAGUUUUGUCACCAAAAUCAUCGACUUUAUCACCACAAAAUAGUGUUUGCAAUAAUGAUGAUCAAGGAAAACCGACAUUAGAUUUAUCGGCUGCAAUCGAAUAUAAUUAUUGUUUGAUAAAUUCAUAUGUACAGGAAAGAAGUCAACGUACAUUGUCACCUUAUGAAGAGAUAGCCAAAACAUUUACCGAUGCCGAUGAUGAAGAUCGUAUUAUUGAAUCGAUCGGAGCGGAAUUUUUUCUCGAUCCAAAUCAAAAUGCUGACCAUGUUGAUGAUGAUAAUAAUGAAAUAGUUGAACAGGAUAAUGGUCAGGCUAGAAUAAUGGAACAAUGUGUUCUAGCAAAAUUACCUUCACUUGAUCAUUCCAUGGAAUUACUUAACUAUAUUGAAACGGAAAAAAAGAAACUAACACGUCAACAGACAAUCGUAUCAAAACGAUUGACCCAAAUGAUAUUGGCCAACGAUAGCCACUUUCAAUCAGAAUUAAUUCGUGUCCGAUGUAUUGAACAGGAUUUAGCAUCAGCCAUCAGAAUUUGUGCUGAUGGUCGUCGAGCAUUCGGUGAAUCAAAGCGUGAUUUUACCGAAACCAGUAUGACAAUUAUCGAUAAUCAUCGACAACGAGAAACAAUUGUCCAGAUUAUUGAUUGUUUACAAACAAUCAAACGAUUAAAACAAACAGUCGAACGUAUUGGUUAUAUGCUUGAAUACGAGAAGAAUUUUGCUACUGCCAUUAAUUUAUUAAGUGAACAAUUAGAGAUGCUUGAAAUACUUUCGGAAAAAUAUGGUUGUGUAGCUGAAAUGCAAGAUCGAUUAUUAGCUGCUAUUCAAUUGGUUGGUGAUCAAAUGGAUGCUGUAUUGGGUAAAAUGUGUGAUCGAUUUUGUUUUCGAACAUAUCAACAACUGGCCCAAGCAUAUGCUCAGCUUGAUAAAACAGAAUUUUCUCUACAACAAUUACAACUUUAUUUUGCCAAUACAAUUCAUGACAAAGCUUUUAGUAUUGUUCUUGGUUAUGUUAAACUUUUUUCACCUGAUCAUCAUUCAUCGAACGAUGCUCAAUCUAGCUUUAAAAGCAAACGAUUGAUUGAACUUUGUCAACAUCUGAAUCCAGAAUCUUUUCUACAAUGUUUAGUCGAUUUAUGUCGUGCUCUAUGGGAUGUAAUGGCCAAUUAUCACCAAUGUUUAACAUUCUAUCAACGUCAAAAACAUAAACCAUCCGCUUCGUUAACCAAAGAAGAAAUAGAUUUUGCAAUCAAAAAACUUUCAUAUGGUGCAUUAAGAAUUUGGUCAGAUGUUCAACACAAAAUACGAACUCUUCUUUCUAGUGUAAAAUUUGUCCAACAACCGUCCGAAAUUCAAUCAACCAAUCAAUCAUUGGAACAAAAUUCAGAUCAUCACCAUCAAGAUCAAUUAUUGUUUAGCUUUGAAGAAUUUAUCAAAAUUUUGACCGUAUCCGAACGAAUGAUUGAGAUUGGUGAACAAUUCUGUCAAUUGUAUCAGGCGGAAAAUGAUUCGAACGUGGAAAAUAAUAAUAAUGAUGAAAAUCAACAACGAUCGCACAGUCCAACCUUGGAAUUGCAAAAUACAUUAUAUCAACAAACAAGAGCUUACAUUCAAUCCUAUCAUCAGGUAUCGAUGUUUGAAUUGAAAAUUUUUCUUGAAAAUGAAAUCUGGACACGUUGCCCUAUCGAAACCUGUGAUGAAUUUGAAUUGAUUGCAAAUCUACAUGAAUUUUCAUUCAUCAAGCAAAGAUUGUUACGAAUGAAAGCAAACGAAGGCAAAUAUUCGAAAACAAAAAAAGAUAUUCAAACGGCUAAAGUCAAUACAUUGUUGUUGUCGCCUGUUGCUUCUGGUGCAAAUAGAGAACGUCGUUAUUUUACCGAUUUAAAUCCAAAUGAUGAUGUCGAUGAUGAUGAUGAUAAUGAAAUGGUUUUGUCCACUGUAUCGCCUUUCGAUGAGCUAAUUACUCGUGAUUCAAUCGUUUCACAGCAAACAUUCGAUUUGGAUUCGGACAGCGAUGAUGACAGCGAUCAAUCUACUACGAAUGCGAUUGUGUCCAGCUCCACUAUGGAGAUAGUGACAACCAACACAGCAUUGAAUGUUGUUCGAUUGAUGGGUCGUUAUAUGAACAUAAUGUUUUUGCUACGACCGAUUUCGCAUGAUAUCAUCAAAGCUUUACUUGAACUUUUUGAUUAUUAUUUCUAUUCGGUCUAUCAUUUUUUUGCCGAAGAUGCAUUACCGGUACCGUGGCUUGCUCAUACAUUAACAAAUUCAAAUCAACAAUCAUCAUCGAACAACAUAGGUUUGCAGCAACAAUCAAAUCGAUUGCAGCUUAAUCAUAAAUUCUCUUCGUUUAUCAAACGUAUCAAUGAAAGUUUGAUUUUGAAUGAAGAAACUGGUUCGUCAUCAUCCAACACUACAUCUCCGUCGAAAGUUCCUGCUACUUGUCUAUCAUCAUCAUCAUCAUCGCCAUCAUCAAAAAUGCCUAAAUAUCCAUGUCCUGCUCUUCCGGACUAUGUGCCCAUUGAAUCGGCUGAUCGACACUAUGCAUUGGUUGAACGUAUUAUGGCCAUUCAAUCUAUGAUAUUUAUUGCCCGUCAAUUUUAUCAUCUUUGUCCAUUGCUAUUGGAAUUUUUACGGUCCAGCCCAGAUCCAAACGAAUCUAAUGUGGAAACGAAUCAAAAAUCAGAAGAUGGAUUCAAAAGUCUUCAAUUCUAUCAUGACAAGAUGUGUUCGAGCGUUGCAAGUUUGCAGUAUCAAUGUUUAUACGCUGUAGCCACCAAAUUGUUACCCUAUGAAACGAUAGUCAAGCAGAUGCAACAAACUCGUUGGGAUCUGAAAGAGAUACCAUCUAUGCAUUCGACAUAUGUUAAUGUUAUUAUUGAUGGAUUGAGCCGUUUUGAUGUUUCCUAUCGCCAAUUGCUGCAAUCGCAUGAUUUGUCCUUUCUUGCCGUCAUUCCUGAUAGUUCCAUCGGUGAUGAUUUGUUGGACGAUAUGCCAUUGAUCAAAUUGGAAAACUUGUCUCGACGAAUUCCGAUCACUAUUUGGGAAUGUCUGUUACGUGCCUCAAAUCGAACUUUUAUCGAAGGUUUUUCCACCGUCCGCAAAUGUACGAACGAAGGUCGAGCUUUAAUGCAAUUGGAUUACGAACAAUUUCUGUCGCAUAUGGAAAAGCUAAUGACAUCAUAUUACAAUCAACAAGAAAGAUCAACUGGAACAAGCAAAAGCAAUCUCAAAUGCUAUCUAGCCAAUGAACGGCUAAACGUGGAAGAAUUUAUCAAAGCUUUUUAUAUUACCGAAUCUACAUUUACCGAAUGGAUACGCCAAAAAACCAAUGUCUACACUGGCAAGCAAAUUGUAUCGCUUAUCAAUUGCAUUGCUGCUGAUAACAAAAAGUUACGGACUUCUUUGCUUUCGGCCAUCGAUGCUUCAUCACUUGAUCAACCUUUGCAAUCGACCAAUCUUGAUAUUACUCAAUAGAUCAUUUCUAUCAAUGUUUGUUUUUUUAAAAUCUUUGUAUAAAUAUCAUUCCGGUGUUCAGAAAUUUA